UGUACUUUUAAGAAGCGAACCAGUAACAUCGCGAAAGGCGUGAAGAAUCGAUAGUGAUUCGCAACACAUAAUUUCGGUCACGAUAUUUCGUACACUUCGGCUAAUAUUAAUGAGUUGAGCUACUAUAAUGGGCAGCGAUUCAUCUUGCACACCCAUUCAUAUUAGCGCGGGUCAUCAUCUCCAAGGCAUCUCCGACUACGCGUGACCCAGGUGGCGUUUCGCUUAGAUCGAACUCCACAUCGUCUCGUUGGAAGCUCGGAAACGUGUGCGUGCCCGUCCCUUUCCCCUGUCACACUGUGCUGACGUGGUGUGUGCGCGUAAUUUUUCUGCGUCGGUUUCUCCUCGAUUCGAUCCACAUCCACGGACGAGCCUGAGGAUCGAGCGAUGAGGUAGAGAGAACCAGCACAAAACGCAAACGAAUAACCAUCGACGCCGCGCAAAAAAUCAACUGGUGAUAAGAUUGAACACGGUAGUCCCUCGGUAGUGGGAGACAGGACGAAGAGGAGGUGGAAGAGAGCUCCUAAUCAUGUCGCACGCACGUCUACGAAAGGCCGUGGUCGCCGGCGGCUGGCCGACCAAGACAAUGACGGCGUCCACGACGACGAGACAGGGUGCCGGCGGGGCGCUGCUCGCCAGAAGGGUAGGGAUGGCGGACGGCAGGCCGGUAUCCUCCUCGAUGCUCCAGCAAACGAUCACUCAGUGUCGCGGUAUGGCGGCGAACGUAGCGGCGGGCCCGUGCGGCAAGGUCCUCACCGAGGACAACGUUUUCGUGAAUUUACGGAAGAUGGAGUACGCGGUGCGCGGCCCGCUGCUCAUCAGGGCGCUGGAGCUUGAGAAGGAGCUGCAAAAGGGCGCCAAGAAACCUUUCAAUGAGGUGAUCAAAGCGAACGUGGGCGACGCUCACGCGAUGGGCCAGCAGCCCAUCACAUUUCUACGACAGGUGCUGACUUUGACAGUCUCGCCAAAUCUGUUGGACGAUCCGAGUUAUCCAGAAGACGCGAAGGAACGAGCCCGAACAGUCCUCAACGGCUGUAAGGGCGGUAGCGUGGGUUCGUAUUCGGAAUCGGCUGGCAUCGAGGUGAUCCGAAAGCAUGUCGCGAACUACAUCCAACAACGCGACGGUGGUAUUUCUUGCGACUACCGCAACAUCAUUCUGUCGAACGGCGCUUCUGACGGCAUCAAGUCAUUCCUGAAACUGUUUAACGAAAUAAUCGACAACAAACCGUCCGGCGUGCUGAUCCCGAUUCCGCAAUAUCCUCUGUAUUCGGCGACCUUGGCGGAAUUUGGCCUCGCGCAGAUUGGAUACUAUCUCGACGAAGACAACAAGUGGUCGCUGGAAGUUAGUGAGUUGGAACGAGCACUUAAGGAAGCCAAAGGCACCUGCAAUCCACGAGUAUUGGUAGUGAUUAAUCCUGGAAACCCAACCGGACAAGUACUUACUCGCGCCAACAUCGAAAAUGUUAUUCGCUUCGCUCACAAGAAUAAUUUGUUUCUAUUAGCCGACGAAGUUUAUCAGGAUAAUAUAUAUGACAAAGAUAGCGCAUUUCAUUCCUUUAAGAAAGUCAUGACGGAGAUGGGAGAGCCGUAUUCCAAAAUGGAGCUUGCGUCGUUUAUGUCAAUCUCGAAAGGCUACAUGGGCGAGUGCGGGAUUCGCGGUGGUUACGCCGAGAUUAUCAACAUGGAUCCGGAGGUGAUGAAGGUGUUGCUGAAAUCGAUUUCUGCGAUGCUCUGCCCGAGCGUGCUCGGCCAGGUCGUGAUGGAUGUCGUGGUGAAUCCGCCGCAACCAAACGAACCAUCGUACAAGGAAUUUCAGAAAGAGAAGAAAGAAACCUUGCGAUCUCUGGCGGAAAGAUCGCAGCUGGUCGUUGAUACGCUCAACAGUAUUCCGGGAUACAAGGCCAAUCCGGCGAUGGGCGCAAUGUACGUGUUCCCACGUUUUGAUCUACCACCCAAGGCGAUAGAGGCGGCGCGAGCAAAAGGUCAGGAACCGGACGUCUUCUACGCGUUCAAGUUGCUGGAAACCACCGGAAUCUGCCUGAUUCCGGGCUCGGGUUUUGGCCAAAAACCCGGUACGUAUCACUUCCGGACUACAAUACUGCCGCAAAAAGAGAAAAUGAAGACGAUGCUUGAAGCGCUGAAACAAUUUCACAUCAAGUUUCUCAAGGAGUACAGCUAAAUCCUUCCUUAAGUUCUCGACGAAGAAAAUUGAAGUACGAAGGAAUGGAUAACGAGGAACAAUUGUCUAAGAGAUUGUGCAUACCUGCGUUGAAGACUAAUUAAUAGUCUUCAAUCGUGGCGAAUGUAUAAUAUUUUUGUUACGAUUAAUGAGUCAUUAUUGAGAAUUACUGUAUACAGAGUUGUUAUUGAAUUGUAUAGAAUAUGUUAAAAAUCAAAAUUUAUGGAAUGUAAAUCACACAUAUAUUGUGAAAAUUCACAAAUAAUUGUAAAUAUAUCGUAAUAAUUAUCGCAAUGCCAAUAUGGCACAUAUUAUACAAUAGAAGAAAAUGAAUGUGAUAUACAUAUAAUUACAGUGAGAUUUCUAUAUUCUUUUCUUUUUUAUUUCUUUUCAACAAUAACGAAAGAAGUAUACCAAAUUGAGAAAAUUUGUGGUACAAAAUCGUUAUAAAACUUGAUAUAAUAUGAGGAAAAUAUGAAGAAAUCUAAUCGAAAUUGAAUGGUUAAAUGAACCUCGACAAUGACGAGGAAGACAGAAAUAGAUAAAACUCGGCCAAUCAUUAAGCGUUUAUUUUAUAAAAUUCUAUGAAUUAAGCAGCUCUCCCUCCCCCCUAUUUAUGUAGCCAGUAAAACUGCAGUGUUUCUGAGGGGCCAUUCACGAAUAACGUUAUUCUAUUGCCAAAGUAAGAUUGUACGAGUAGUAAACGGACACUGCCGUCACAUGAUACAUCGGAUCCAUUUUCUAGGUUUUGACCAGGAUCCACUUAAUCAUUUGAUUUUGUUUGAAUUUCUUUGUAUUUUACCUCGUACUAUGUCUGUGUAAAGUUUUAUAACGAUUGGUUUUGUAUCACAAAAUUUUCCCAAUUUGGUAUACUCCUUGAUUUGCUUUUAUGCCUAUGUCCAUUAUUUUUUUAACAUAUUGAGAAAGAAAUAAGAUACAUAUCUUUUGUCGCUUUUUUGUUUUAUUAUUCUGAAUCUUUGAUUGCGUAUGCAACAUUUUUAAUUUAAACAAUAUAAGGCUCUCUUGAAUAUAGUCAAAUCAAAAUAAAAAAAUGACAAUAAGAGCCAAGGGCAGUAAAUAAAGAUAUACUUUAUUGUAAACUUAAAUAUGUACUUAUCAUAGGUCUAAAAAGUGCUCAUUUCAGACCAUAUCUUAGUUAAAAUUGUAGUAAAAAAUAAUUAUAAACAUAGGUUAAAUAAGUUCGCAGCGGAGUCAAACGCGUAAAAAAUAAAAAUAGAAUGAAGCUUCAACUAAUAA